CCGGGGGCGGGGGAGAAGAUGGCGGCUUCCGGGGGGAGCUGCCGCUGCUGAGACGACUGCCGGGUAAGCGGCUCCGGGAGUUUGAGAGCCGAGGCGGAGACAGCUCAGGACAGGGUGCGGCGGAGCUUGGGAGAGAGAGGAGUCGGCCUGUCUUCUGAGCUGAGUUUCCAAUUUGAGCUUGGGGUCCCCAGCCAUGGAGCCAGUAGAAUCAGGAAGUACUGCAGAUGAGGAGGAGGAGCGGGCGAUGGAGCAGAGGCCUCGGACCCGAUCCAACCCAGAGGGAGCUGAAGACCGAGCCCUGAGUGCCCAAGCUAGUGUGGGGAGUCGGAGUGAAGGCGAGGGUGAGGCAGCCAGUGCUGAUGACAGCCCACAGAACCCACCCAGCACCAACGGCAAACCCUGGCAGGUGCCACCACAGACUCCAGAAUUUCAGGUCCGGACUCCCAGAGUCAAUUGCCCAGAGAAGGUGAUCAUAUGCCUGGACCUAUCAGAGGAAAUGUCUUUGCCAAAACUGGAGUCAUUUAAUGGACAGCAGAAGAUUGAGCUUCCAGUCACAGAGAACGUCCAGACCAUCCCACCACCCUAUGUAGUGCGGACCAUCUUGGUAUACAGUCGCCCUGCCUGCCAGGCCCAGUUUGCCAUGAUGGAGCCCAUAAAGAAGAUGCUUCAGUGUCCAUAUUUCUUUUUUGAUGUGGUAUAUAUCCACAAUGGUACUGAGGAAAAAGAAGAGGAGACCAGCCAGAAGGACACAUAUGCCCUCUUUGGAGGCUUGGAUUCCAAAGGCACCAGCUACAAGUACGAGGUUUCACUGGCAGGACCAGCUGUGGAGCUGCACAACUGCAUGGCCAAACUCUUGGCCCACCCUUUGCAGAGACCUGUCCAGACCCAUGCCUCCUACAGCCUUCUGGAAGAAGAAGAACCUGCUGAAAUGGAAGCCACCGUUUAAGGCCUGUCUCAGGCCUCUAGGCUCUUGGCUGUCCUCCUUUCCGUGGAAUGAACCCUUUCUCCAUAGGCCCUGGAAAAGGGUCCUUAAGAACAGUGAUU